CGGGAACGGAUCACGGAGUGCAAGAGAUGAAUUGACAACCUGCAAAGACGUCUAACUAAUUACCCAAGGAACGAAGGGCUGGAAGAAUAGACACCAUUCGAACAGAAACUACACUCUCUAAACACAACACCAAACACCACUGCCAGCCUACCCACCACCACAACCGAAAAUCAACAAACCAAGAAGACACAACAAACAACCCCGGAGCUACGCACGACCAUGGACGACCCCUCACACCGACCGAUCGAGCUGCAGUCGCCCGAGGACCUAACCUACCUAAUCGACAACGUGCGCCGCGCCGCAGCCGACAGCAUCAACGCGGCGUUCCCGCCCGUAGACAACGGCCUCGACGGGCAGGAAGACGAGCUGCGCAACCGCAUCGAACAACUCGUCAACGAUUACAUCCUCAAAACCUUCACCCUCGCGGCCCCCAACCUCACCAUCAACGGCCUCCCGCUCCCCAACCCCCCAACCCACCUCCUCACCCCACCCACCCCCUCCUCGCACCCAACCUCCCCGCAAGUCCGGUACGAAUACGAGCCCUUCGACGCGCGCAAGCGCGACCGCAUCGAGGCGCUGAUCUCCGAGGAAGAAGACCUCCUCCGGUCCAUCGCGCAGCUGAAGCGGCGGGCCCCAGGCACCGCGGCGGGCCGGUGGGGGGAGGCGACGCGGGCCGGGAUAGCGGCGGACGAGGCCGGGCUAGAGGUCGCGGCGGGCCGCGUGGCGGAGGAAGGGGCGGUCAGCGGGCGGAGGGCGCUCGAGGGCAUGGCGCCGCUGGAGAGGCAGGAGGGGGUGGAGGGGCGGUUUCGCGAGGCGGUGGAGGGGUUGGGGAGGUUGAAGAGGGAUAUGCCGGCGGCGGUGGCCAAGAUGGAGAGGGCGAGGGUGGCGGCGGGGUAUGUGAAUGGGGGUGGUGGUGGUAGUGGUGGUGGGAAAUAG